UAAGUACAUGUACGCCCCCCAACCCAUCAUUUUCCAUUCUCACUUCAACUCUUCCUUCCACCCUCUAUCAAUUUUAAAUCAUGGCCCUAAAAUCCUCUCCACUCUUCCACCUCUUCCUCUUUUUCUUAGGCAAUGUAGCAUCUGCCACAGUGUUUAGACUGGAAAACCACUGCAGAGAAACAGUUUGGCCAGGGACACUUUCCGGCAACGGCGCCGCCAUUCUCGGCGACGGAGGUUUCCCCCUGCCGCCGGGAGCGGCGGUUCAACUAACCGCACCAUCGGGCUGGUCGGGCCGCUUCUGGGCCCGGACCGGGUGCAGCUUCGACGGGUCUGGCGCCGGAAAAUGCGCCACCGGAGACUGCAGCGGAGGACUGAGAUGCAGCGGCGGAGGCGGCCCGCCGGUGACGCUGGCGGAGUUUACGAUCGGAAGCGCCAGUAACGGCAACAAGGACUUCUACGACGUGAGUCUGGUGGACGGUUACAACGUGGGCAUGGGAGUGCGGGCUACCGGGGGAACCGGUGAUUGCCAGUUCGCGGGGUGCGUGUCGGACCUCAACCGCGGGUGCCCGGCGGAGCUGCAGGUGAGGAACGGCGGCGCGGUGGUGGCGUGCAAGAGCGCGUGCAUUGCUUUCAACACGCCGGAGUUUUGCUGCACCGGCGAGCACUCGACGCCGCAGACAUGUUCUCCGACGCAUUUUUCGGAGAUAUUCAAGAAUGCGUGUCCGGCAGCGUAUAGUUAUGCUUACGAUGAUGCUUCCAGCACUUGCACUUGUUCUGGAUCUGAUUACACCAUCACCUUCUGCCCCACCUCAUGAAUCUCAUACACAUAUUUUUCUCUCCUUUUUUUUUAGAUGUUGGUCUGGACUCUACACAAAUUAUGUAUAUUGUGUAUUUCCAAUUCUUUUACUCUCAAUGAAAGGAUACAUCGAUUAAAAUAAUAAUAUGAAAAUUUCUAUGGUUUUGUUUAAGAUGUUA